CAGCCCACUUCCCUCUGUUCCGAAAACCCCUUUUGUGUGCACCCAAUUUCUUCUUCCGCCGGGAUAUCUUGGGCCUCAUCAUCGCCCAUUUUGCCAGCGCCGCCACCGCCGCCUUCUUUGCGAGUCGAUCUCCGUUGUUUGUGAACGAUGAUGGUGGAGAAUCCUACUCGUGACCCGUGAUUAUUCUACAAGAACUAGCUCGGGGCCUAGAGAAUGCCGCAGAGAUGUGUGGUUCUUUCGCGACGGAGGUUACGCUGUUCCGACUUGACAGUAACCCUGCAUCCUACAUCACACGGCACGGUGGGUGUGCGGCGGAGGCAUGAUGAGAAAAAUUACAUAAUUUUUUUGGAUUUCUUGUGUUGGCAAGGACAUGGUUGCUUCCUUUGGGAGUCUACGAUGUGAGGUACACCAAUUGUCCGUUCCGAUUUUCUUGCCUGCCCACACGAAUGCGUUCCUUUUGGGCAUUUGGUGGUUAUGUAAGUCCUCUCUUCAAAAUAUAAAAACUGCAUCCACUGCAAAAAGGGGUAGAUUCAUGGUCACACAGGUACCCACACAGACACAAUCUUCGGUGCAAGCGCUAGUUGCGAAGGAUACGGGAUUGCGGGACCCAUUUUAUAGGUAGGAUGAUAAUGAUUGCAAAGCAGAAUCCCGACCUCAACGACCAAAUCGCAGCAAGCAACGACCAGCGGCUGAAGCCAGCGAUGACAUCCCCCGAACAGCAUCUUGAGCGUGGUCGUGCCUAUGAACGGUGGUGUGUGCGGGUCGCUCUUUUGACGAAAACCAUUGGUGUUGGCUCAUAACCGCUGGCCAGGAUGCGCCCAAAGAGAAGCGAUACUAUAUCAUAAACUUAUGCCAUGGCUUCCAGUUGGGCCACUGAAUCUAGAUACUGACCGCGAGAGACAAAACGAAGCCACAGAGAACGGGAGAAGGAGGAAGAAGGAUAGUCUAGUGAAAUAGGAAGGAAAAAGCGAGGAGAGCGCGGGAGCGCAAUCCAAAAGAACCGCCGCGUACGAGAACUGGUAAAGGAGGACAGGGUGUCGAGAAUUCACCGAGAGCUCCACCUGCGAAAGCGGUUGCCAACAACGCUGGUGCUACCGCGGCCGCGCUACACCAUCUGCAGAGCAUCACCCAUCCAUCCCUCGUUGGCGGAUCAUCUUGUGCACGCUCCCGAAAAGAACACGCGGCGCGGGCGCACAUGAUGGCGGAUGCAGCUGAAGAUUAUCCCGAUCAUGCUCCUGAUGUGGUCAACAUUUCUAAGCGGUCAUCGACGAUGCGUGAUGAUCGCGGCCAUUCGUCGUCGUCCGGCAAGCGUAGUGAACGUUCUGGGCGCUACCACGACGACUACGAUUACCAGCGGCAGCAUCAUCGUGAUCAUCGGUCGGAACGCGAUAGGUAUCGCGACCGGGAUUCUGGCAGUCAUCAUCGCGAUCGCGAUCGCAAGCGUGAUGAAGAUCGUUACCAUCGGUCGGAUCAUCGGCGCGAUCGCCGUACCAGCCGAAGUCCGGUCGAAGAUCGUCACGGAAAGUCACGUUCCUCGAGGCGCUCGAACAGUCGCGAUCGUGAUCGUUCACGGGAGCGACCAUUGCGCAGCGAGCGCACGGCACAGGAUAGACUAUCGGAGGAGAUAGAACAAGAGCUGGCGAACCUUCGGCGGAAGCACGAGCUUGCCGAAGCACUCAAAAAGCAGCAAGAUCCGGGCGAAUCCUCGGACGAGGGAUUCCGGGCUAAGGCACCCCAGAUGAUGAAUCCGUGCGGCAGUAGCCAGGGUCCGUCUAGCAAACCUGAUUUUUUGGCCGGCAACACUUCCAAGGGUGAAACGCCCGAAUACGUGCCCGAGAUACAAACCGAGGAGGAACGCAUCGAGUUUCAGCGCAAAAUGCAGGAAAAGCUACAGCAGCAUCUGGCAGCCGAGGGCAAACUGUAUCCACCGCGCCAACCGAAAUCUCGCGAACCGGUAGCAGCGGCUCCCAUUGUCGUGUCCGGGUUCGCCAACGAUGGCUCAUUUUUGGAAAUGUUCAAGAAGUUGCAAGAGCAACCACUACUGGCGGCAGCCGCCGGUACAUUCCCGGUCGGGGCUAGCACGGUUACCCCGUUAACGGACAAACAAACUCUCCCAAUGAUGGUACCACCGGGAGUACCGCAUGUAGUACCGUCGCCAUCGUCAGUUGCAGUGUCGACUGCGGCCGCAUACAAAAUGGUACCCGGAGUAGUGGCGCCGGUAGUGGCGACAGCAGUACCGGUAACGAAACCGAUUGCCAAGGAGCCACCACCACCACCGUUGCCAGUGUUUGGGCGGCGGCGAGGUGGCAAGAUUCUUAAGACUGGCCUAGUGAAGAAGGUUCGUCCGGUGGAGGAGGUUUCGGCCGACGCACCAAACGAUGCGUGGUCGCUCUACCUGCAGGAGGUGAAGAAGUACAAGAGUGCUUCGUGUGAUGCGGACUCGAAGACACGUCCGCUCGUGAAGUAAGAGGCCAAUUGUGUCGCUCCGGGUCGAUCAUUUGAACCGGUUCGUCUAUUGAAGACCGGUCGUAUAUCCUAUUUUACUGUAUUUUGUGCUUAUCCCACGAUUAUCACCUAUUGGGAGUUCGUGACAUUUGGAAGUGGAGAGAGUACUAGGGGUUAAGAAAUUGGGAGUUUUACCGAUGCAUCUUUGCAGCUAACACGUAUCCCCAGUCAUUCCUACUUAAAGGACUUAGGAUAAGGAGAUUUAUUUAUAUAUUUUGAAACUAUACUAAUUUCAAACUCUCACGCGUAUCCUAUACACGCAGUACUGUUCUUGUGUGAAUGGAAAGAGUGUGAGGUUAGUGGGAAGAAAUAGGUCACACACACACAAAAGGGAGAUGAUCGUUAGAUCAAUGUUGUCUCUCAUCCUUGGAACGGAAAGCAAUUCCGCCACCAUUAUCGUAUGAUCCUUGACCUUCAACUUGGUAUUUAAUCUGUCCC